AUAUCCCGCUCGAAGGAUGGCCUGCGUGGUCCACGAUGUGUCCCAGCACCUGCUUCUCGUGGUCGGCGGCACCGGCUACGUCGGCAGCAACAUUUUACAACGUGCCGUACAGAAAGGCAUCACAGUUCGCAGCUUGAACCGCGGAGGUCGUCCAGCAUGGGACAACACGCCAUGGCUUGACAAAGUGGAGUGGUUCAAGGGAGAUGUCUUCUCCAAGGAUGACUUGCAGAAGGCUGUGGCAGGCACGACGGGAGUAAUUUCGACUGUUGGUGCAUUUGGAAGCAACGAGCACAUGCAACGGUUUUGUGGGGACGCGACGAUCGCUGCCGUCCGUGCGGCCAAAGAAGCAGGGACAGAACGUUUUGUGUUCAUCUCGGAAUCCCGAGUCGGAAGCAACAUUCCCAAAUGGGCGCCUUUGUACGGCUAUUUUAAUGGCAAAGAACGCGCCGAAGCGGCGGUUCGCGCCCAGUACGUACAACACCGCCAUCCUCCGCGAAUUGGACAAUCUGACGUCAAUCUGGCAGCUUCCCCGACACGGGUGUGUCCCUCCGUCCUGGAUUUGUCUAUGGUACCCGUCGAGUGCACGUGAACAACACGGAUUUGUUCUUGCCGCUUGGCCUUUUGGGCGCCCCUUUGGCGUUAGCUGGUCGUGGAUUGGGCCCGGUGUCUUCGAUGUUGUCGCGUGUACCUCUGCUCGGCCCCGAACUCCUGGCAGUGUGUCCGGUGGGUGCCCUCGCCAAGGCCGCAGUCUUGAGCGCCAUCGCACCUGUCCAUGGCGACGUCUUGGACACGACCAACAUCAUUGCGCUCGGCGAUUCCUUCCACGAGACCGUUGGGGCCUGACGAGUCCAAGCUCUUUGCCUUGAUGCAAUAUACAACUGGUCCUUUCGUUCGUCGGCGUUUUCAACCCUCGUCCCCAAGCUAUCACUCCAUUCCGUCGUCUCAACUUUACUGGUCAUACGUUGGGACGUGUUUCUCGCAGGCUAAAAACGAGGCAAUCGCCGUCCUGAGCUCUGCUGGAAGUGGCCAUGAACGCGACGUAAAGGUGGCGCAGUUGGGAUCGUGGCACUUUUGCACGAUUCGAUCGUGAUCGACCACGUACAUGACGUUGUUGCUCUUGUGGGCUCUCCUGACGUUAUGGCAGUACCGAUUGUUCACGAGGUGGUACGUGAUGGACCGAUGUGGAAUGACUUGCCACGCACGAAUCCCGGCUUGGACGUUGUCUUGCGCCGUCGCAAGGGCUACAACGAACGCGGCGAGCGGGGGGAUCGGGGCCGCGUGCUUGCCUAGAACAGAUUGCACAUGGUACGUGGUUGGUCUCGUCGAGGUGCCGUGGCGGGCAAGCAACUGCGGACACCGGAGAAGUCGGCGACGACCGGUAGGAGCCCCCACAGGACAGAUCAACGUGUGGAGGAAAAAUGCCUUGUCAUUGUCCAAGUGUAAGCGGCACUCUGGAUGUCUCGUGAGAAUGCGGUCCGACUGAAACUUGGACGACCACACACACCGAAACGCUC